AUGAAGAAAAAUGAUGAUCGACAUCGACAAAAAGUUGAUUAUCUAUCUUACCCACAAGAGCCUCCAAAGAUAAAAACACCACAAUAGAAUAGUAUCUUAGUUCAAUGAAUCUUUCCAAAUCAUGACUCUAGUAGUGUGGUUAACUUAUUGACUUCAACUCUCUCCACACCUUAUACACUUAGUCUUUUAUGUUUCUCUAUUGAAGGUUUACAAUGCAAAUGAGAAAGAUCAAGAGUAGAAUUGACCACAUCAACCUCUAUCAAUGAUAUAGGUACAUUACUCCACCGUAUCAUCAAUGAUAUUGGAACACAAGGUGCUCGGCAAAGGUGGACCGAACCAUCCCCACCAUAACACCUUUUAUUUUAUUAAAUGGGUAGGACAAUCAUGA